CUGUGCUGCAGAUAAUGAGUGACUCAGGGUAAUGCUGCAGGUCAUGUGUGAAGACACAUGGCACGCACAGGCGCACAUAUACGCAGACACACACAUGCACAGGCGCAUAAUAACACAGGCGCACCCGUUCACAGACACGAAAAGGCACGCCACACAUUUGACAGAUCUAGCCUACCUCCAGCUGCUCAUCUAGAAACCUCUAUGUCUACUGACCGUUUAUUGCGUCGUUAGACUUGAUGAUUUUUUUUUUUUUUGCAGGACCAGUUUGGGGGAUGCAGCCGGAGUCGUCCUCGGAUCGUUGGAUGUGAGCGUUGCUGUGUCUGUGGGUGACGGAGGGGGACGGGGCGCUCUGCUCUGCUCAGUGCAGGACGCGGGAGACAGUCGCUCUCCAAGGUGCUAAAAGUCGGAGCGCUCCCUCCUCUGGCUCGUCUUCUGACGAUGAACGCGACCUCUGCCGAAAACCAAAUAUCAAACAAUGACUGGCUUCAAUCUCGUUUGGUUUAAUUUUCUUAUACUCUUAACUUCUAUCCUUCUGGAUUUUUUGUAUUGUUCAUGCAACCGCUGGAUGUAUGCAACAAGACAAGACUGCAGCUUUCUAACAUUCACCUGCGUCGUUGGGAAAUAUUGAAUUGACUCCGGAUUCUCAGGGAACACUGUCGAGAGGAUUUUUCGAGCUGUUUUUUCUCGGUCUGUCUCUCCCUCCGUACCACAUGUCACUGGACGUGUAUUGUUUAUCUCAAAAAGGUGAGUCCGAUGGGGAUAAUCGUGAAGCAGACCUACUUUUACGUGGAUAUCGUUUUCUUUCCACUGGAAAGGGGGAAUCACGUCUCCGAAAGGCUGGUGUUUAAUUGUUUUUAAACCCAUCAUCACGACCGUGAGGGAGGAUUAUAGUGUCUUGAGGAGUCUGGGGAAUUUACCCUGUGGAUAAAGUGAAGUUUCCAAUAGGGUGACGAUCUUUAAUCUGCUCUAGCAGUGUGUUCGGCUCUCUGGCUUCACACUAAGUGGAUAUCAAGCUAUUUCAACGCGCCCAUUUCCUCAAGUGGUGGUGAUGAUGAUGAUGAUGGUAAUAACAAUGAAGUGCAGGACGAAUCUGGAGAGGAUACCGGGAGUCUAGGGAUGACAUCAACACAAUUUUGUUGAACGUGGAUAUCGAUGUCGCGGCGAAGGAUGGGCCCUCUCCUCUCGGCCGCCUUCGUCCUCCUGCUGGCCCUGAACGCCGUGUCUCCGGCCUCGGUUGGUAACCCCGCGGAUUACACCACGGACGAGGCGGAGCAGACCGCCAGUGACAACAUCGGCUUCGAUGACUACCGGGGGAAAGGGUGCGUGGAUGACAGUGGCUUCGUCUACAAACUCGGGGAACGCUUCUACCCGGGACACUCGAACUGUCCGUGCGUGUGCGCGGAGGACGGGCCUGUGUGCGACCAGCCCGAGUGCCCUAAACUGCACCCCAAGUGCACCAAAGUGGAGCACAAUGGAUGCUGCCCCGAGUGCAAGGAGGUGAAAAACUUUUGCGAGUACCGGGGGAAAACUUACAAAAUACUGCAAGAAUUCAAGGUGUUUCACCUACAGGGUUCCCCAUCAGAUGAGGAAGGGACCAGUCCGCCCAGCAUGGCUGCCGGCGUCCCUCUGGCCCCAGCGCAGCUGCAAUCAAGAACCGGGAGAUAUAGGCCGUCACCCUGUGAAUGGUGCCGCUGCGAACCAAAUAAUGAGGUACACUGUGUGGUGUCUGACUGCGCCGUCCCAGAGUGUGUCAACCCUGUGUACGAGCCAGAGCAAUGCUGCCCCAUCUGUAAAAACGGUCCAAAUUGCUUUGCUGGAACAACGAUCAUCCCAGCCGGAAUUGAAGUAAAGGUGGACGACUGCACCAUCUGCCGCUGCCACAACGGAGACUGGUGGAAGCCGGCGCAGUGCUUGCGGCGGGAGUGCCUCAACGGCCAGACGUUGUCAUAGAGAGACUCCACAGGGGGAUGGUGGAAAAGCUCAGGCAUGGCCCUGCCUACUGCACCAUUUUGUAUGAUUGACAGGGCAGGAGCACAAUUCCUAAGGAACCUGAGACAGCGCAGCAUCGAAGAGAUGCUCUCACAAGCUUCACACAAACACAAAUGUAGUCACUGAGAAGAAGUCGGAACUUGUCACAAGGCUGUUUCCACCGUCCAGUUGUAAUUGUCCUAUAUAUAUUUUCAGAAGUUGACUUGCUGCUCUCACACAAAAAAAGUUUCUAUGCUCCUUGAACACUUUCCUAACCAUUGGCAAUGUUGGAUUGCUCAUGAUUUCUGUACGUACGUCAUCUGCUUGUUGUACUUGUCUCUCACAAUCACGCAGGUGUUGUAAUAUUCCAACAGCAGGAAAAACAAACUGUAAGCACACUUAACAGCGCUUUUUUUCUUGUCAUAUGAAGAUUGACACCUGUGAAAGCACUGCAAAAGUGUGCUCGAGUUUCAACACUUCACUCUCAGAGCUUGUUUACAAGAUGCACAUCUCACAUAAACGUUUGUGUCUUUGGAAGACUUUUGACCGCUAUGGCAGCAAUUCACCUCUAACAGUCAGAUGAUGAUACCGUUCAUUUUAUUAACUGCUCUAAAACCCUCAAACGCAGAUUUUAUUGCUCUCAGCAUUCAAUGGUUUUGAGUCAUGUCCCAGCACAGGCACAGGAAGUUGGAACUGUAGAAUUAGUAAAGCAGGAAAUGUGGUGGCAAGCAACGAUGAGAAGAGCAGAUGUAAAUUUCUGCAACACUGCAUCAAAACCACAACUUUGGGCAGCCUCUUCCGGUUUAAUUGUCGUUAUUGUUUUCUCUCAGAGGUCCAUAUCCUCCAAAAUAUUCCCGCUAACUAACUGCUUGAACUUGUUAUCAAAGCAAUUAGCCAGCCAAGAGCAGCCUGCUUUAAUUUCCCCUAAUCAAGGAGUAUUCUGUGAUAAAUCAUCCAGCUGGGUGCUUGGCGCUGCCGCAGCCUGCACACUGGGCACACUCCACCAGAACCGGCAGACAAAAAAGAGGGAAUAUGCGUAUGUCUAAAUGCUUUCACGUGCACACACAUGUGAACAUGCACAAGCACGCCAUUCAUCCACAAUCUCAUAGCCGCAGUAUGUUGAUCUGCACCCAGUGAAUCACUUAAACCUAUAAGGCUUGCUCUGUUACAAAGCUGUUACAUUAUCCCACUGCUAUAGAUCGUGUAAUAGAUUUUCAGCCCCUCCCCUCUCCGAUAUGUUGGAAAAGCUCUUCCAAUGCGGUGUGGCUAUAUGGGCUACAACAUAAAGACAAGCUAAGAUAUUGCCUCGAUAUUUCCCAACACCAAAGUGGUCCUCAAGUGGUCCAGUCGGAAAGAAAAAGCACCCACCCGGGGCCCAAACCACGAUAUUUUUUGAGAUGAUAAAUACUAGUCAUUAAUUCAAAGGUGAAUUCCAGUAGGCUCAUGCCAUUCAUCACUAGAAUUUUUUCCAUUUCCAGAAAAUCCGUUCCCGUUAACCUUUUAGACCCUAUUCCUGGGUGGUGAUGGAUGUGCUGCUUAAUAGCAGCUCACAGCACUUUGUAAUGAGACAGAAAUGAACAUAGCAUAAAGACCAAUGAAUAAAGAGGUAUACUACCUUAAAAGGCACUAAAACUAAUUUUUGGAAGAACCCCAUGGUCUGCAGAGUCUGCUGCAUAUUCUAAAGCUGCAGCACACGGUUGAUGGAGGGAUGAAUUUAAAAAAGAGUGUGGGUGGAGUUCAAUCCUAAGUGCAACAACGGAGCUUGGGUCAUUUUCAUCAUUAACCUAGAGUGAUUUAGUGUCUCUUACUGUGAAAAGACAGUCCUCAUCUAUCUGGCUUGAGGUCUGCAGACUCAAAACAAAAUUGACACCUACGGUUUAUCAAUCACAGUCUAUAUGCUCCAGAUAUUUUAGGAUUAAUAAAAAAAAAAAAAAGCAUCUUUAUUAUUUUCGAUGCCAAAUAAUUAUUCAGCCUGUACGUGAAUCUAAAAAUCUAUUGGAACAACUGGGUAGCAGACUGAAGUGAGCGUGCUUGGGCACAUCAGUGGCAUUGCUAUCACCACUGAUGCCUUUUUGCUACUGUUCCAGAUAAGAUUCACAAAGCAUGGCCUUUGGCUUCAAACCGUGUGAACAGCCCAGAAUGCUUUAAGUGCCAUUUCCUUCACACUCCUCUGUGCAAUAGUUUAAUGCUGUGUAGUACCCAAAAAUAGUUAUUGCUUUACCCUUCCAGCCAGCUGGGUGAAUUAGUAUGAGGAGUAUUUGGAGUACAAUGGCAAGGACACAGGCAGUUAAAAAGACACAGCUAAAAGUCAUCUUGGUCUAAAUAACAAUGUUAUAUGGCAACUCAUUGGAGAGUUUGAUUGCCCGGAUUCAAUUUCCUUCCAUGCUUCUGAGAUUCAUUGCAUUUGUUAAAAUAAUCUGGGGUGCCAUGGCUGCUCAUCUCCUUAAUUUGCCAGCUACAAGCUGCUGCCAUCAACUACAUGUGAAGGUAGGGGUGCAGAGGGUAAAGUGGUUGUCAACAUAAAGUCAUACCUUUCAGACCCAGAUCCUGCUCAAUUGGCCCUCCGUAAGAGCCGAGUUACGUUCCAUGCUGUUAGUGGGAAGCAAAAUAAAAGAGAGAUAUGAAAUUAAAUCAGCAAAUCAUAGAUUCAGAGCAGGUACAGUCAAAGAAAAGCAUGCAAAGGAGAUGCAAGAAAACAGCAAGACUGUAAGUAGGUUGACUCCUUAAACAGUCAUGGGAAUUACUAUAAAAUUACUAAACCUGAUGAAUUAGGAUCCACAUGGAUUAACAUACAGUAGAUUCCUAUGUGUGCCAUUUAAAAUAAUAGGCAAGCAUUUGAAUAACACAAUAAAAAAGGCAUUUCGGAGAAAAGCCUCUUUCUGAGCCAACCAGGGGGAAUUACAUUUCUCCUUGCAAAUGCGUGAAGCUUGCACAGUUUCAAGGACAGACCGGCAGCACAGUCCGUCUUUGUUCCUUUUCUCCCAAGAAAUCUGAGUCUUCAUGUCCGUCUGUAAAUAUUUGUUCAAAUGACCCCUAGCUGUCCUCAAACCAUUCACACCGCAGGCUUGUACAUGAGCGUUUUCUAAAAGGUACACCAUCUGCUUUUUCCAUGAGACACCGACUUACUGUAGCUGGAAACUCUGUUUUUUCCAGCAACAAAACUGUUACAUAAAGUGUGCCUGAAAACCAACACAGAACACGAAGAGAGAAACGCUGUUAUUAUACAAUCAAUUGUAUUCAUUUUUUUUUGGGGCACCAAGGGUCUGUUCAUGAGGGACUCAAAGGAUAGUUUCAUUUCUAUAACAAAUUUGAAAUUGAGGUUUAAAAUUAAGAUUGUAUGAUGAUUGUAUUUGACCACAUGCUCGCACAGGUUCACUCUACGCUGUACAAGAAACAAGGUCAAACAUUUUUAAAGUAAAAAAAAACAAAAAAAAAAAAACACAUUGGUGUUGCCCAUGUUGCUCAUAUGUAAAUAUUUUCAAAGUUUGAAUGUGUAUUCUGAAAUCUGAGGUGGAGUAAAAAAAAAAAAAAAAAAAGUCAUAAGAAAUGAAAAAAUGUGUAUUAUUGAGCGAGACAAAACCUAUUUUGUUAAAUAGACUUGAAAAGAAGUGUUAUUCGGCAAAAUUGUGUGGAUUUAUGUUUUUGUGUUAUCGUUUCUACUCUGAAUUAUGCUGAUGCUUCCCAACACAAGAUGGCAAAAAAUAAGACCGUUAACGACCGAUGAACAGUUGAAGUCGUUCAUUUGAACCCUUCAGGAUGCUGCAGAUCUCCUUGAAUUUAGCCCUUUUCUGUUUUAAAACCACAAAAACAAUAAAACGUUAUGAAACUUAACAGCUGACCCAGAACAAAGCCGAACUCCAGGUAACCUUUCUAGAAGUAG